GUAGUUGUGCAAACUGUACAAUUUGACCUGUCUCUCUGUCACAAGGGUGGGGUUUCAGCAAAACAUCCGCCUCUGUUAUUCUAUUCUCUCUUUGUCCCUGCUUCUCUUCUCAUCUCCUCAAAUAUAAAGCUUUGCUUUCCUUAGCAACUCUAAUGGCAUCUUACACAGUGGUCAUUGUCCCUCUCAGGAGCAGUCCUAACAGUCUGGAUGCAUUGCAGUUCUUCCUCUGGGUGAAGAAGAUGAAGGACUUGGAGAGGGAAAAGGACUUUUUGUGGAUUGGAUUGCAGGCUUUAGAGCAGGUGCGAGAGAAGUUAUGCUCCAACCUAGAAGACAACAUGGAAGUGCAAGACCAAUUCAAGAAAGGAGAGACGAGAAAAGUGUUUCCAGACCCCCCCACCCUACUGUUGGCUCAGAUUCACAGAGUGAACAGGACCUUGAGGAAUCUACUGUGUGACUCCAGGAAUCCCACUGAUCCUGCAAUAGAAGGUACUGAAGGACACCUGCCCUCUCCUACCUGUUCAGAAGAAAGUGCUUGUUUUUGAUCAGCUGUUUGUUUUGAAGUUCUGUACUGCAUUUUCCUGUAUUUUGUGCUUGCAGAAUGUAUUCGGAGUGGAUUGAAAUCAUUUUCUGUGCGAAAACUUGAUUAGAUUUCCAAAACGUAUGGCAUCCAACUCGCACACUGCUUUGAAUGUUUUAUUCAAGAAUUCAAUGCACUCGACUCGACCUUCCAUUUCCAUUGACCUUCCAGGAAUGAAUGUACUGAAGGUACAUUAACUGCCGUCUGCCAUUUAGUUUCUGAUACUAUUGGAUUAAAAAUGCAAAACACUUAUUUUUGUAAUGAUAACUUGAUACAUGCAAUGAAAUGAGAUCAUGUGACAACACAAGCAUUUUUUCUUUUUAUA